GUGAUCACUCGUCCCAAGCCACUCACUCACUCACUAUGGGCGUUUCCAGCUUUGGCAACAAGAUAGGAUAGCUCACAGGAGCAUGAACCACGGGGCCAUGGGAGGGCGCUGCUUCCUGAACCUCCUCCCCUACUCCACGACCCCCUGCAAAGACGGCGUCGGCAUCGGCACGCCUGGUUCGUCGUCAUGGCGCCACUCCGUCCACCACCACCACCGCACCAGUAAGGUCGUCGCCGGGAGGAGAAGCGCCGCGGCGAGUGUCUCCUGCUCCGCCGCAUCCGCGCAGGCGCCGCCGUCGCAGAGCACAAUCAAGGUGGUCAUCGUCGGCGCCACUAAGGAGAUGGGGAGGGCGGCGAUCGCGGCGGUGAGCAGGGCGAGGGGGAUGGAGCUCGCGGGCGCCAUUGACACCCAGUGCAUCGGGAUGGAUGCAGGAGAGUUAAGUGGCAUGGACGAAGCCCUGGAGAUCCCGGUGCUCAAUGAUCUCACCAUGGUUCUCGGCUCCAUAGCACAGGUAUCGAUUAGCAUCUUCACCUGUGGAAUGUUGACUCAUCAUGUGCUUCCUUUUCGGGUGCGCGUUUCGCUGACCGCAGGCAGAUUCUGCUCUUUUCAGACAAGAGCAACUGGUGUGGUUGUUGACUUCAGUGAACCUUCAUCCGUCUAUGACAAUGUCAAGCAGGCAGCAGCAUUUGGCUUAAGCAGUGUCGUAUACGUUCCGAAAAUCGAGAUGGAUACAGUAACUGAGCUGUCAGCAUUCUGCGACAAGGCAAGCAUGGGUUGCUUGGUCGCACCAACGCUGUCGAUUGGCUCGGUACUCCUUCAACAAGCUGCAAUCCAGGCCUCAUUCCACUACAACAACGUCGAGAUAGUGGAAUCAAGACCUAACCCAUCGGACUUGCCAUCGCCAGAUGCAAUACAGAUUGCGAACAACAUAUCUGAUCUUGGUCAGAUAUACAACAGACAAGAUAUGGAUUCCGAUAAUCCAGCGAGAGGUCAGGUACUUGGAGAAGAUGGGGUGCGUGUGCACAGCAUGGUUCUUCCAGGGCUUGCUUCGAGCACGUCGGUCGUUUUGUCUGGCCCCGGAGAGGUUUACACCUUGAAGCAUGAUGUUACAGACGUCCAGAGCCUAAUGCCAGGACUAAUUCUGGCAAUACGGAAGGUGAUACGCCUGAAGAACUUGAUUUAUGGUCUGGAGAAGUUCUUGUAGGAAAUGAUCAACUCACAUUCACAUAUCAUGAGGACUAGGGGUCAUUUUUUCGAGGAAGAGAACUACAGUUUUUGAUCUUCCAGCUGUUCACCAUAAGAGAUAAAUAGGAUUAAAUCAAUCCCUUGGCUCAUAAUCAGAUAAGUGCCAACGACAAGGCGGAUCCGAGACCUAAGAACGCGAUGCAGAGUUUCGAAAAGAAUGGCUCCAUGCAUAAGAUGACACUUCUGAUAAGAGCUCUAGACAAUAAGCAAGCUGAUGACAAGCCCUCAUGUGUAUACCUGGUGGCUUACUAUACUGUUAGAGGCUUUUUCAGAAGCAUACUCAUAGAGAUAAAUGAUACCAGUCACGCUAUGAUGCGGGUCCUUUCCAGUGUACCAACUUUUUUUUGGAACUCUAGUGCACCCUUUUAACUUGGUUUCGUCUA